AUGGAACUCCACGCCUUCUCCUUCCCAACACUGUUCACGUUCUUGCUCUUUACUUUCAUGGUAGUCAAACUAUGGAAGAGAUCCAAAACCAACCACUCAAAUUUAAAUCUACCCCCAGGGCCAUGGAAGCUACCUAUUGUAGGGAACAUGCACCAGUUUGUUGGCUCUCUACCCCAUCGUGCAUUGAGAGACAUGGCAAUGAAACAUGGCCCCCUUAUGCACCUUCAACUUGGAGAAGUUUCUACCGUUGUGGUUUCAUCACAAGAGUUUGCCGAACAGGUGAUGAAAACUCCCGAUAUUAACUUUGCAUCACGGCCCAGUAUUAUAGGUAAAAACAUCAUGUCUUAUGAUUCUACGGACAUAAUCUUUGCACCGUAUGGCAAUUACUGGAAACAACUACGAAAAAUUUGCUCGCUGGAGCUUUUUAGUCCAAAGCGUGUUGAAUCUUUCCAACCAAUUAGAGAAGAAGAACUAUCAACUCUUAUUCGUUGGAUUGCUUCAAAGGAAGGGUCUACUAUCAAUCUUACAGAGAAAAUGUUCUCAACAACAUAUGGCAUCACUUCAAGGGCUGCCUUUGGUAAGAAAUUCAAAGACCAAGAAAAGUUCAUAUGCGUUGUGAAGCAAGCGAUAGAGUUGGGUGCAGGUUUCAAUGUAGCAGAUUUUUUUCCAUCUGUUAAACUGCUCCAUCUGGUCAGUGGGGUAAGGACUAAACUUGAGUGGAUGCAUGAAGAAGCCGACAGGAUUAUGGAAAAUACUAUCAAUGAACAUGUGGAGGUCAAGGCAACAAGAAAAGCAGAUGAUGAUGCAAGAGAAGAAGAUCUCAUAGAUGUUCUCUUAAAAUUUCAGGAUCGUGGUGGUGACAAUGAGUUUUCCUUAACUAACAACAACAUCAAAAGUGUCAUCCUGGAUAUAUUCGGUGCUGGGAGUGAGACAUCAGCCACAAUCGUAGAUUGGGCAAUGUCAGAAAUGAUGAAAAACCAAAGAGUGAUGAAAAAGGCACAAGCUGAGGUGAGAGAAGUCAUUAAUAGAAAAGGGAGGGUUGAUGAGACAUGUAUUAAUGAGAUGAAAUAUUUAAAGUUAAUUGUUAAAGAGACUCUGAGAUUACAUGCUCCUGUUCCUCUCUUGCUUCCCAGGGAAUGUAGAGAGAGAUGUAGACUUAAUGGGUAUGAAAUACCUGUUAAAACUAAAGUUAUUGUUAACGCAUGGGCUAUUGGAAGAGAUCCCAAACAUUGGAAUGAUCCUGAGAUGUUUAAUCCAGAGAGGUUCCUUGAUAACUCUAUUGACUAUAAGGGAACUAAUUUCAGUUAUAUCCCAUUUGGAGCUGGAAGGAGGAUAUGUCCAGGCAUAUCAUUUGGAAUGAUCAAUGUUGAGCUUCCACUUGCACUAUUUCUGUACCAUUUUGAUUGGAAACUUCCUAAUGGAAUGAAGAAUGAAGACUUGGACAUGAAUGAGGUCUUUGGCGUCACAAUAAGAAGAAAAUAUGAUCUACAGUUGAUUCCCAUUGCUUAUCAUCCCUUGCCAGUUGAAUAAGCUCACACGUGAAUACUUUUGAUUUCUUUUAUGAAAGAAUGAUGCUUACAUCAGUUGGAAUAAGAAUUUGUAUGCUUAUUAGGAUAAGAAUAACAGUAUUGUAUUUUCAUCUAAAUGCAACAACUAAUAUAAAGGGAAUUUUAGGCAAUAGUUAGGCAAUUAAUUACCUAAGGCCUCCAAAUUUUAGGCAAUAGAUUAUUUUUUUUGUCGCUUGUGGGACGCACUUGGGUCCAAAAUAUUUGUUUUUUAUAUUUAAGAGUUUUAAAAUGUAAAACACAUAUUCUCUUUCACAUAGCUAAAAUAUAUCUCUCACUCUCACUCUCUUUAAUAGACUGAAAUAAACCUUGGAAAUUUAAUGUCUCUUAUCUACUACACCUUCAAAGGUGCACACCAUUUCCGUCGAGAAACUCACUUUCAUUCUCUUGGUUAUCUUCACCAUUAAUCCCCAUGUCAAAGACAUAAACAACCUCCUCUACUCAAAGCUCAUGCUUCAUCACGAUACAUGUCAAGGAGCUCGUUCAAGGUUUCAUUGAGGGUGAGAAUGAGAUCCGUCUGCAUGCCACCAUCAUAACCAUGGAACAAAUCUUAAGGGUUAACUUGCACUCAAUCAGUCUUGGCUUCUCGAUUACAAUGUAAAUGUUAAACAACUUCUUGAUGUGCGUGGCCAUGACUGUUUUUCAUACCUUGACCCGAAAUUAAUGUCUGAUUGAGGCUAAUACCAAUCAAGCCAAGGUACAAUAUAUCCCUUAGAGUUCGUUUGGUUGGAAGGAUGGAAAAGUGAGAGAAUAGAAAAUAGAGGAAGGAUAGAAAAGUGGGAGGAUAGAAAAUUUUUUAG